AUGAGAUAUUUUUUAUUCAAAGGAUUACCAAACAUCCUUAGGUCAGUAGGAGCUAAGAUAUGCGGUCAAAGAUUUGUUGAUAGAGUUGAGCGCAUGAUAACUUGGAUAUGUUUUUCCACUAAUCCACUAAUCUAGAUUUUAUACUGCUUCUUGGCUGGAGGAGGAUUCUAUAUUUACGUGAAAAUAGGAUUCAACAGAUUUAUUCCUGGUCCCUAUGUCGAUAACUAUCAUAAGACUACUGGAACAAUAAUCAUGAUAAUUUGCUAUAUUUCCUUCAUCUUUGCUAGUUGGACCAAUCCAGGGGUGAUUAAGAAGACUAAUGUCAAAGAUGCAAUCAGAAGAUUUGAUUAUGAUGGAAUAUUAUUCAAGAAAGGUGAAGAAUGCAGGACUUGUAAGAUACCAAAGCCUGCAAGAUCAAAGCAUUGCAGUAUGUGCAAUGUUUGCGUUCAGAAAUUUGAUCAUCAUUGUAUUUGGUUAAACAGAUGUGUUGGCUAUUACAACUACAGAUAUUUUUUGAUAUUUAUCUUUAGUCAUGCGGUUAUUUGUACUUAUGGUGCAGUAAUAGGAUGUCUAAUAUUUUAUGGUAUUAUUGAGGAAUAGAAUCUAUUUAAAGCUUAAUUUAAAAAUUUGAAAACUGGAGAGAGUAUAUCGCCAAGUCUCUAUAUCGUUUGCAGAUGGCUAUUUGACUAAGAGACUCCAUUUGCUUUUGUUACUAUUUUAUGCAUCGUAAUGAGUUUUAUGCUUACUUUGUUUUUCUUGUAUCAUUUAUACAUGGCCACAUCAGGCACUACAACUAAUGAAAGAUCUAAAAGGUCUGAUUUUUCUUACUAUUUUGAGACUAAAGUUGAAUAUCUUGAGGAAUGGAAAGCAAACUUUGAGAAAUUCGAAGUUAAGGAUGUUGAUAAAAAGAAAUUUGCUUUAGAUGAGAAAUGGACGAAAUAAUAAAUUGAUUAAUAGAUAAAGUAAUGUAAUGAGAAAGUAGAAGGUCUUUCCAAGAAUUUCUACGAAAAGGAUAAAUGGGUGGCUCUAAGGGAGAUAUUCUAUCCUAAUUGA